CUCUUCUCACAGUCUCUCUCUCUGUCUACACCCCCUCCCUCUCUACAGCCAGAUCUGGGCUGAUCUGGGCUGGUCCCUGUGGCUUUUAUUUUGAUUCUGCUCUCACGUGCGUCAGGAAGUGCUGAGUCUUGUGGUCACUUGACCAUUCUGAGCCUCUCCCUCUCUAUCUGCAGCCAGUCUGUGACCUUGUCUCACUGGGAUCACACGGAAUAUUUGCCACCUCUGCCACUCAGACCCCUUUGCAACAGCUGUCAAACAAUGGAUACCCUGCUCAAGGCUGUACUGGGAGUCAUCAUCUUUUGCUCCAUGUGGACUGGUUCCGCGGGAAAGAUUGCCUACACGGUUGAGAAACUCUCCCCCACGGGCAGUCCCUGUCAGUUGGAGUUGAGAUGCGCUAUCCAGGGACAAGCAACAAAAUUCCACUGGUACCGAGGUAGCACCAAAAUAUCUGACGACAGCAGGCACCGUGUGGAAUUCGGAGGCGAGCAGCUGACCGUCACACCUGACUCCAACACCAACAGCGCCGUGUACAAAUGCCUUUCGGAGGCAACCCAGGAGGACCUAUCCGUUGACGUGGCCCCAGCCUGUAACUUCAUUGGCGAGUUUAUGCAAAAAACUGGCUCUUCGUGCAUGUGCUCCCGAGUUAGGAUGGCCAUGACAAUCACCUUCCUGUGCCUGUGGUUCAGUGCCUUGGGAUUCACCGCCUACUUCUGCUGUGGACAGACCAGUCAGAAGAAAGCAGGGAAGAAAGGACACACCACUGCCAAAGACAAUGAGGAAGGGAUUUAUUCACCUGUGGGAAUUGCUGACACUGGAAACAAAGGGAGUGCCCAGGAUGAGGAGAUGCCUGGGCCCAGCUCGACUGAAGGAGACCUUGAUACCAACUACCAGGCCCUGAAUAAAGAGAAAGUCAGCAACUACAGUAUGAUUACUCCGACAGCUGCCAAGGCAGAUCCACAAGAUCCAAGGUAUCAGGCCCUGGGCAAGGACACAGAAGAAGACUACAGUGCGAUCAGUCCACAGGCGUCUGAGGGGGAGCCCGUGGUGACGUUCUCUGCUCUGAACAAAGAGGUCACGAUCGAGUUGCUUCUGCCAGAUGGAGCCAAUGGCCAGGAGUGAGGCAGUCAGCAGCUCAUUUACAAGGCCACACAUUCUCUGUAUAAAGCAAGCCCACGACCCUGGAUGAGAUCCCGGCCUGCAAGUCACUUGUUGUAACUGUCAGUCUAUAUAUAAGCUCCCUGAACUCCUCGAUUAGAUCCUAGCCUGGAACUCUCUCCCUGAGAUCUGUCAUUUAGAUGUCAAUUUGGUAAUUCUGCGAUUCGAUCCCAUCCUGGAACUCGCUGCCAAGUGUCUGAUACUGUAUAAACCCCCUGAAUCCAUCAAUUAGAUUGCAGCAUGUAACUCACACCUGGGUCGGCGUGAUUGUAGAUAUGUUCCCCCCUGAACACUGGUUUAUCUCCCAACCUGUAACAUACUCCAGGGCAGUUAUUAUUCAUUUUAUACCCCUCCCCUUCUCCCCUCCUCCCGGUCAGCUCGAUUAGAUCCCAGCCUGGGCUUGGCCCCAGGGUGG